AGUACUGUAUAAAAAUCUGAGAGGUCUUCGAUUCGAAGAUAAGACAGGCACUGAUAACCGACACUAACAGAUUCUGGACGACAUGAGUGCUCUUUAACAUAUUUUCGUGCAUCCUCUUGGAGUAUGAGAUGACUGGCGGAUUUAGGUCUUUAAUUUAAUUUGGCUGUGUUCUCGGGAGUCUAUGUUGGACGCUAAACUACUACUUUUUCUGUGCUGACGUAGAGAAGGUUGCUUGCCUGAUAGUGUGUAGGCUCGUCAAUUCACUGUCCAGGACCUUUGCAGACAUCACUGCGGGUUGUGGGCGGUGCCAUCUUGUGGCGUGUGAAGAGAAGCGACACGAUUUUCCAACCCGGAACUAAAAGUGUGGAGGUCGUCAUGGGAAGCAAAGUCAGCUCCAAAAUGGCUGCUCCCACCGCUCGCGUUAUUCAGGCUGUGCGGCCUCAUGCGCCCAUGAUUAAAUUUCCCAGCAGAGAAGGCAUCCCUAAGCCCAAUGUCCAAGAAGCAUUGAAAACUUUAUUAGUCACCGUCCCACAACCCAACAGUUCGGCGUCAGCCUCAGCUGCACCACAAAUAUUAAGUCGUGUAACUUUGCCGCCCAUUCCGGGCACACCCGACACCUUGGCGUCCGUUCAGCUGCUCCCAGCGAGGUACCGCCGGAGACCGCUGGUGGUCGAAGAAAUGGAUUACAUUCAGCGUGGUGGACCAGAAUGAUAUGUCCCGUUACAAUAACUGCAACCAAAGUCCUUGUCUAUGGUGGUUAUCAUCCUGAUGGAUUUUCGUUUCUUGGCACAAAAAAACAAAAAACAAAGCCACAACACACAAUGUAGAAUAAAAUAUUACACAAAUCCUCAUUAUGUACAUAUUUUUAUUAUUGAGUAUGUUUGUGUUUUGAUGACCUUUUGAAGGACGUUUCUUAUGGACAAACGAACACUGGAUGUUCUUGCAUUGGCAUCUUGCACCAGACUGCUUUUUUUUUUUUUUUUUUGGGCUUCUGUUGACUAACUUGUGUGGUCUGUGGAAAACAUUGCUCCAGAGUUCUUCCCACAACUGAGGUCUGUUUUGCAUGACACUGAGUUGGGCGGUGUUUGUUCCAAUGCUACAUCCAAGUCAUUAAAGCAAUAUUCUAUUUUG